UGACCAAAACAAUUGUGUGACAAGAUCUUUCAAUCCCAAAGCUAUUUCUUAAGACCUCAGAUCACUAUCUGACGGGAUCCGUGACAAUAGUGGUAACUGGAGUAAAGAGCAGCUCCUUGAAUCUUGAGUGUUAAGUAGAUAGGUAUCCAUUCAUGGCCUCCAAGUCUGGUUCUGGGGUGCUCCCUGAAAAUAGUAAGGAAAAGGGCGAUAAGGAAACCAUGGAAACAUCAGUUUCUAAUUCCAGUCAAAGUGUCUCAGUAAACACUUUGGCAGAUCAAGUAUCUUCAACUUUGUCUUUUGCUCCAAGCAGCGACAGUAAAACUGGAGGAGAAGUUAAAUUUAAUGAAAAGUCUGAUCUCGCUGAGAUCGGGAAGAGUAACACAUGUAGACCAAGCACAAGCAGUGAUAUCAGUGACGAGAGCACAUGUAGCAGCUUAAGUAGCAACAACAAGCCUCACAAGGCGAAUGACGUGAGAUGGGAAGCAAUACAAGCUGUCCGAACGAAACAUGGUGUAUUGGGCUUGAACCAUUUUAGGCUCCUGAAGAGGUUAGGGUGUGGGGAUAUUGGAACUGUCCAUCUUGCUGAGUUGCACGGAACAAGGUGUUAUUUUGCAAUGAAGGUUAUGGACAAAGGGGCUUUGGCUAGCCGUAAAAAGCUUCUUAGAGCUCAGACCGAGAGGGAGAUAUUGCAGUGUCUUGACCACCCUUUUCUCCCAACUUUGUAUAGUCACUUCGAAACUGAGAAGUUCUCAUGUUUGGUUAUGGAGUUUUGUCCUGGAGGUGACUUGCAUACCCUUCGACAAAGACAGCCCGGGAAGCGAUUCUCAGAACAAGCAGCAAAGUUUUAUGUAGCGGAAGUACUUCUUGCAAUGGAAUAUCUUCAUAUGCUUGGCAUCAUAUACCGCGAUCUAAAGCCAGAGAAUGUUCUUGUUAGAGAUGAUGGACAUGUGAUGCUUUCUGACUUCGACCUCUCCUUGAGAUGUACUGUUAGCCCCACAGUGGUCAGAUCAACUGUUCUUGCGUCUGAAGGGCAAAGGAACUCGGGUUAUUGUGCGCAACCUGCUUGCAUUCAACAGCCAUCUUGCAUUUCUGCUCCUACAACAUGCUUUUCUCCACGUUUUUUCUCAAGUAAAUCCAAGAAAGACAAGAAAAUGAAAAACGAAACUGGAAACCAGGUAAGUCCGUUGCCCGAGCUCAUUGCUGAGCCCACAAGUGCUCGCUCAAUGUCAUUUGUUGGCACACAUGAGUAUUUAGCUCCUGAGAUCAUCAAAGGUGAAGGGCAUGGGAGUGCGGUUGAUUGGUGGACUUUUGGGAUCUUUCUGUAUGAGCUAUUGUUUGGUAAAACCCCGUUUAAAGGGUCAGGGAACCGAGCAACACUCUUCAAUGUUGUGGGUCAGCCUCUGCGUUUCCCUGAAUCUCCAGUUGUCAGUUUUGCUGCUAGGGAUUUGAUUAGGAGUCUGCUUGUGAAGGAGCCUCAGCAUAGAUUAGCGUAUAAGCGUGGUGCAACCGAGAUGAAGCAACAUCCUUUCUUCGAAGGAGUGAAUUGGGCAUUGGUUCGAUGCGCUAGCCCACCAGAGAUACCAAAACCGGUUGAUAUCGAAAGUGCGCCUGCUACUCCAGCAGCAGCCACAUCUACCAGUGUCAAGUCUGACCAGAGUAAUUAUCUGGAGUUUGAUUUCUUUUGACAUCUUUCAGCAAGAAAUCUGCCAAUAGAUUAUCAAAUUGUUC